AUGCCCGAAAGGCCCAAAUACGACUACAUAAUCAUCGGCGGCGGCACAGCAGGCUGUGCCCUCGCCUCGCGCCUAAAAGCGGGGUCCCCACCCCCUCGUGGCGGACGGAAGCAACGCGCCACUCCUCCUGGGCUCCGAGAUCGACUGGAACUUUUCGACUGUGCCGCAGACGCAUCUCGAUGGUCUUCAAGGCUAAGCUCUGGGAUGGCUGAGCUGGUGGAGAAUCGCGUGUGUGGGAAACGACAGAUCUCGAGCUCUAUUUACCCGUUCAACGGAGACGUCAUGACCGAUUCGCUGGUGAGCCGAGUGAUCGUGCAGGAAAGAGGGGGGGGAAAGGUGGCGAUUGGCGUGGAACUGGCAGAUGAAGAACGGAGCCCGAUCAGAGCGACUCGGCAAGUCAUCCUCUCUGCAGGCGCGUACUGUACGCCGCAGAUCCUGAUGCUCUCGGGAAUAGGUCCACGCGAUCAUCUACGAGACCACGACAUCGAUUGGAAGCUGAAGCACCUGGAACGCGGACUCGCACUCGGAUCGCCUGCGCUCACCGAUCCAGCCUGCUUCAGAGGAAAUCCCAUAGACUUCGUAGUUCUCCAGCCCGUACCGCUCGACGGCCUCCGCAGCGCCCUACGCAAAGACAACCCCGAUAGCAACCCCGACGAACAUCCACUCGUCUCCUCCCAGCGCGGCCAUGUCGAGACCUUCACCGUCUACGUCGCUCACAGUCCCCAGAACCCCACGAUCGCCACAGACGGCACGCACAUCACGACGGGGGUGGCCUGCAUGCUUGCUAAAUACUGA